ACAAAUUAACUCUCGCAGCGGCAGCGGCGGCGGCCUGACACAGAAGCUCGGCUAAGCUAAGCUACGGCAGGAGCGACAGAAGCGACAGGGAGAGCAGCACGUUGGCUCGUCCGUUCUUGGAGUUGGAGUCGAGCGAGGGAGGAGGAGAGAUGAGGGCGAGGGUGGCGCUGGAGCCGCUGGCGGAGGAGCCGGGCGCCGAGGACGAGUCGGGGGCGCGGCGGCGGUCGGGGCUGCAGGCCACGCUGCACCGCUGGGCGCGCAUCCUGUCCGGCGGCGCCGCCGGGGACGACGCCCGCCCCGCCGCCGACCUCCGCGUGCUCCUCUCCGUCCUCGCCUGCCCCCUCUCCCCCGUGCCCAUCCUCCCGCGCCUCCCCCGACACGUGGCGUCGUCGGCGCAGUACAUAAUCGAGCAGUUCAGGGCGACGACGGGGUGCGGGAAGCUGGAGGGGACGGCCAAGAGCAUGUACGCGGCGGGCAAGGUGCGGCUGGCGAUGCUGCAGGAGCCCGCCGGGGCGGGCGGCGGCCACGCCAACGGCAGCGCCGGGCGGUGCCACGAGGGGAGCUUCGUGGUCUGGCAGCUCGCGCCCGGCAUGUGGCUCGUCGAGAUGGCCGUGGCCGGCCACAGCGUCGCCGCCGGCAGCGACGGCCGCGUCGCCUGGCGCCGCACGCCCUGGCUCGGCGCGCACGCGGCCCGCGGCGGCUCCCGCCCCCUCCGCCGCGCCCUCCAGGGCCUGGACCCGGUGAUGAUCGCGUCCAUCUUCUCGACGGCGGAGCACGCCGGCGAGAAGCAGGUCGACGGGGAGGACUGCUUCGUGCUGCGCCUCGACGUGGGGCCGUCCACGCUGUCGAGCUGGAGCGACGGCACGGCGGAGGUGAUCCGGCACGGCCUCACGGGGUUCUUCAGCCAGCGGAGCGGCCUCCUGGCGCGCCUGGAGGACUCGCAGCUCACCCGCAUCCAGUCCCCCGGCGCCGCCGCCAUGUACUGGGAGACCACCAUCGCGUCCACGCUCGCCGACUACCGCGCCGUCGACGGCGGUGUCACCGUGGCGCACGCGGGGCGGUCCACGGCGCACCUCGCCCGGUUCGGCGUCGGCGUGCGCGCCGCGCGGGUGGUGACGCGGAUGGAGGAGUCGUGGACCAUCGACGACGUGGCGUUCGACGUGCCGGGGCUCGGCCCCGACGCCUUCAUCCCGCCGGAGGAGGUCCGGCGGAGCCGCUUCUACGACGCCAUGGCCGCCGGCGGCGGCAAGUAAACCACUCGAUCGUACGCAGGCUCAGCAGAGUGGUGUAAGUGUAACACGUAGUAGUCCAGUAGUGUUUUGUUUAGUUUCGUCGGUGUGUCGAUUAUUGUCUGUGAUUGUGGCACGGAGAAAAUGCAAGCGCGUGUACAUACAUAUGUGUACCCUGGGUUUUUACCUA